UUACGGUAAGUUUCCAGUAGUAGUAGCAGCAGCAUGGCGACUGCAGCAGCAGACAUAAGCGAUGGGGCUUCACGUGAAAGUGAUAAAUGUAAAGAAGAUGGAGAUAAUAACCCAACACCGAGCCAGAGUUCAUCUGACGAACAGAACACAGAAUCGAAACCGGUGUGUCUCAUAGUUUUAGGCAUGGCAGGGUCAGGAAAAACAACGUUUGUGCAGAGGCUCACAGCUUACCUGCACUCCAAGAAAACUCCUCCAUAUGUUAUCAAUCUAGAUCCUGCAGUUCAUGAGGUCCCUUUUCCAGCCAACAUUGACAUCAGAGACACUGUCAAUUACAAGGAAGUCAUGAAACAAUAUGGUUUAGGUCCAAAUGGAGGAAUCGUCACAUCUCUCAAUCUGUUUGCAACACGAUUUGAUCAGGUCAUGAAGUUUAUUGAGAAAAAGCAAAGUAACCACCGAUAUGUUUUGAUUGACACUCCUGGACAAAUUGAAGUGUUCACAUGGUCUGCAUCUGGGACCAUCAUAACUGAAGCACUGGCCUCUUCGUUUCCCUGUGUGGUUAUUUAUGUGAUGGACACAUCUCGAAGUGUAAAUCCGGUCACCUUUAUGUCCAACAUGCUCUAUGCCUGCAGCAUUCUCUACAAGACCAAGCUACCUUUCAUAGUUGCCAUGAACAAGACUGACAUCAUUGAUCACAGUUUUGCGGUGGAGUGGAUGCAGGACUUUGAGGUCUUCCAGGAUGCUUUGAAUCAAGAGACGUCCUACGUUAGUAACCUGACCCGCUCUAUGAGUCUCGUCCUGGAUGAGUUCUACACCAACCUGAGGGUUGUCGGUGUGUCUGCAGUCACGGGUUCUGGGCUUGAUGAACUGUUUGUACAGGUUGCUGAUGCUGCUAAAGAGUAUGAAACCGAGUAUCGCCCUGAAUAUGAACGUCUGCACAGAGAGUUGGCUGAAGCUCAGACUCAGAAACAACAGGAGCAGUUGGAACGCCUUCGGAAGGACAUGGGAGCAGUUCCCAUGGAAACUGCAGUUCCUACGGCCCCAGAUCUUGGUGGGCCCAGUGACCUCAUCUUUACUCGCGGGAACCCUGAUGAAGCUGAGGAAGACCAAGACAGUGAUACUGAUGAUAUCGAUCACACAGUCACAGAAGAAAGUAAAGAGGGCGGUGCUUUCAGCAGCUUUCUGAAGGAGAGAAAGGAAAUAGUGCAGGUGCGCAACAGGAAGUCAAAGUGAGAGCAGGAAAUGGUCACUAUGUAUGUAUACUGUUCCCCAACGUUGACCUUUCCACAUUGAAAGACUCUAAAAUAAGUCGUUAUAGAUCCUUCUGCCAACAUUAGCUAGUCUGCGCUGAGAUUUCAGAACUGCAAGUAAAGAAAUUUGUGUUAGAAUGUGAAAACAGGUUAUGGACUGCAUUAGCUCGAAACCGAACAUCAGCAUGGAGUUGAAUAUCUUGGGUCUCCACUGAGCAUGUAUUCAAAUAAAUACCCUCUGAAAAAUGUCAGAACAUAACUUGUUUAUCUUUUGCAUAAUAUAUUUAUGUACACUCCACAAACUUAUUUGUCUGUUAAUAAAAAUGCUUAGUAUUUCCUAACAACCUGGAACAGAAACCAAAAUCUGCAUUUUCUCUUCUGACUUCCUGUACCUUUAAAGUUCAUGUUUCUAUGAUGGGAAAUAAAAUAUUUUUUUAUAUAUAUAUACAAG